CGUUUAGUGUGUCGUCAGAUGGUCAAAUUUUCUACGGGGUUGAAACCAUUUGACAGCAACAGGCUCAAUGCGAUCAAAACAAAGGAGAAAAAAGUGGGUGAGAAAAGCAAUUUGUCACUGAAUGGCAAAAAGUUUCAGCUUCGAUCGAUAAGGGAAGUUUGCAGCACCGAGUCUCACCACUGCUGGUCGUCGUGGUGGGCACAUUGUUGGCCAUUCGUCGUUGCUGUUGCCGUUCGCCUCCUUCACCUUCGCCUUCGACGGCCUCCGGAUCCGGGAUGGCGUCGUCGUCGUCGGCGGUGGCGGCCGGGGGCGGUGCUCCGUCGACGGGUGGUGGCGGCGGUGGUCGAUUCUUUGCGAACCCCUUUCCGGAUUACGGGGGUGGGCCGGUGGUGAAGAACGAUGACCACAUCCGGAGUUUGGUGCAGUCGUACGUGAAUCUGGUGGUGGACAACACCCGGGACGAUCGGAACACGGACCACCGCGGGGAUUUGUACGUGGGCGAUGCUGGGAUCGCGUACAUGUUCCUGCGGUUGCACGAGUGUGGCCUGUUUGGGCCGGACGCGCUCCAGUAUGCCAAACAGUACGCGGUCAGUGCCAAAGCGAAAGCGGUCCGGUACGCGAUCAAACCGGAGGAACGGUGCUCGUUUCUGUGCGGGAAUGCCGGGAUCUUUGCCGUGUCGGCGGCCAUUUGCCACCGGAUGGGCCAGCGGCAGGAAAUGGACGAAGAUCUGCGGAACUUUGCGUCCGGAAUAACCGUUUGCAAGCGGAUCGACUUUAAUAAGAACGGCAGCGACGAGUUGUUGUUUGGCCGGGCCGGCUACCUUGCCGGAAUCUACUGGCUGCACCAGAACAUCGACAAGCGACUGUUUGCGCACGAAACGCUGACCGUCAUCGCGGGCGUAAUGAUCGAAAGUGGCAAGCGCUACUCGGCGGCCCACCGGAGUCCGGUUCCGCUGAUGUACCACUGCUGGGGCGACGAGUACCUUGGGGCGGCCCACGGCAUAUCGGCCAUCAUGCACAUGCUGCUGGAGUCACCGUUUCAGGCCAACCCCAACGGGAACGAGAUGGCCGCCGUCCGGGCCACCGUCAACUCGCUGCUCUCGCUGCAGGACGCCGACGGGAACUUCCCCGUCACGCUGCAGGACUAUCUACAACGAAGCCGGGACGAGCUGCUGGUUCACUGGUGCCAUGGCGCCCCCGGCAUCGUCUACCUGAUGGCCAAAGCUUACCUCCUCUUCAAAGACCCCAAAUACCUGCAGUCGUGCGUGCGCUCGUGCGACCUCGUCUGGCGGAAGGGCCUACUGCGCAAGGGGCCCGGAAUCUGCCACGGCGUCGCCGGCAGCGGCUAUGUCUUCCUUCUGCUCUACAGACUGACAUCGAACCCAAAGUACCUCUACCGGGCGCUCAAGUUUAUGGAGUUUCUCACCCACGAGGAGUUCAUCCGGUACGCGCGCAACCCGGACCGGCCCUUCAGUCUGUACGAGGGGUACGCCGGCACCGUGUGCUUCCUGCUCGAUCUGCUCCGGCCGGAACAGGCCGCCUUCCCGUUCAUGGAUGUGUUCGAUACCAAGUGUUAGAGAUGACGACGACGAAACAGUUGAUAAUUAUAAUGAUAAUGAUGAUGGUAAAGAUGAUGAUGAUGAUGUUCUUGUGUACUGUGUACCACUCAACAGAAACGAUAAUAAUAAUAUUAUGAUACAAAACAUUAUUAAAACACACAGCAGUAGCAGUGCAGUAACAGGCUCGAAAUUCGAAGUUUAGAUGUGUCUCACGUGAAUAAAAAUUAAUUUAACGAUUCCUUUUCACAACUAUGCACCGUA